CACAGGCUGCAGCAUCACACUCAGCCGAUACGAUCCACGCAGCAGGAGCGGAUAUAUUCUCGCCGGGGAGCGUGUCGUAUACCUAUAUAACAAAUAACAUAGAUAAAGUAAGGUGGACUCGAAGAAUAGCAUCGAAUAUUGCUGAUAGAAAGGAAAACAGUGAAAUUAUCGACGAUAUUUUAAGUCCGUAUUUAUAUAAAUAUAUGUUAUUUGAUUUUUAUGUACGACAUACACGUUACACGUAGUGUCUUCGUAUAUCCUCUGUAAUAUACACGAAGAGCUGCCCACCCUUUUCAGAAGGGGCAUGUUUCGCUUCAACCCUUGCCAAGGUACCUGACGACGUGCCUGUCUAGGAUUGUCUCGUGUUCGAAGGCGUCGCGUACGUGAAGUUAUCCCGAUAUAAUAACGUGCGGUUGUAUUGUGAUAUAUUGUAUAAGUAUAUAUGUACAAAUAGGUAUAUGCAAAGUGUACGUGUCGCAUAUUCGUGAGGAUGGUGGUUGUGCCAAAGUUUUAAUUGGAUUACAUAGACUCGCCGACUCCUGAGAUCCAAGAUCAGGUGAUAUGUUAACCGAAGACAAUGAUCCCACGAAACCGGCUGGGGUUCUAGACAAUGCUGGCAACGUGUCUUCGUCAACAGAAGCCUCUGUACAGCAUCCGCGUACCACGAACAAUGACGCUGAAGUCAAAAACGAGGUCCAGGAGUGCCCGGAAAGCGACAACGUACCUGGGGGUGAAUUAUACAUCGACGAAAGUGCAGAGGACAAGGAAGAAUACCCCGACUCCAUGGAAAAAGCUGAUUACAGUUCGUUGUACGGAGUCAAUCAAUAUUACAACAGCCUGUACAAUUCACCGGGUUAUGGGACCACGACGGGUUCAAAAAACACAUCCCUACAAAGCUCUUACCUUAGCUCGUACAGCGCACCUGGUACCAUGGCUCAGUAUUCGACUUACGCUGGCUACAACAGUGGAUCCACCACCUUCCCCACCGUUGGCCAAAAUAUAUCCUCGGCAACCCAAAAAUUAGACUAUAGCGCUUAUAGCAGCAGUCUUUACGGGAAUGACAGAGUUCCGUUACAGUAUUCCGGAUAUUACCCGAUGCCUGGAUAUCACACGUCGCCUCCGUCGUUUAACAUUAGUAAUCUGAAUUUCGCAGAGGAAACGACAAAAUCUGCGCUGACUUUGGACCCGCCGGCUCAUGAAACCAAUGACCUCACCGCUACGAGAGAAACCACCAACGCAGAAGGGGCGACGGCGAAGCCCUGCAGACGCGGAAGACGUCAAAGCGGAAGCGGAAACGGUAUCGGUUCCGCGGACACAACGGAAGCCGGGCCAGACCGGAUAUUCAUCUGGGAUCUAGACGAAACCAUAGUGGUAUUCCAUUCCCUCUUGACCGGACAAUUCGCCACAAAACAUGGCAAAGAUCCCACGUUACUUGCCCAACUAGCUUACCGAAUGGAAGAAAUGAUCUACAAUUUAGCAGACACCCAUUUCUUUUUCAAUGACGUCGAGGUGAGUGCUGAUUGCGACCAAGUUCACAUAGACGACGUUUCCUCGGACGACAACGGGCAAGACUUGUCAUCGUACAAUUUUGCCACGGACGGUUUUCAGUGCGCUUCAGCUAACAAUGGCAUAUGUCUGGCUUCCGGGGUAAGAGGGGGUGUGGAUUGGAUGAGAAAAUUGGCCUUUCGUUACCGGAAGAUCAAAGAAAUAUACUGUAACUAUCGGAAUAACGUGGGCGGUCUACUAGGGGCCGCGAAGCGUGAGCAGUGGCUUCAGUUGAGAACGGAAAUUGAAUUAUUGACUGACAAUUGGCUGACCUCCGCUGUUAAAUGCCUGAAUCUCAUCAACAAACGGAGUCAUUGCAUAAAUAUUCUUGUUACCACAACGCAACUUGUGCCUGCCUUAUCGAAGGUUCUUCUAUUUGGAAUUGGUGGGAUUUUUCCAAUAGAGAACAUCUACUCGGCUACAAAAAUUGGAAAAGAAAGCUGUUUCGGCCGAGUAGUCGCACGAUUCGGACGUAGGUGUACGUACGUGGUAAUCGGCGAUGGAUCCGACGAGGAGACGGCCGCUCGGGCGCAUAAUUUUCCAUUUUGGCGGGUCAACAGUCAUUCCGAUACCCAAGCGUUGUACAACGCCUUAGAGAUGGGUUUCCUAUAAGAUAGACAAAUUAGAAAUAAUUAUUUCAAAAAAUGCCAUUGAUCGAAGGUGUUACUGGUCGAAUUCAGGUUCCUCUGCUCCCUGAAAUCGGAGAACGCGAAAAGAAUUGUCGCAUAUUUCCUGCGCAUGUCCAGCACCUAUUCCAUUAUUUCGAACCGAUUCAUCUUUUGGUCAAUUUGAAUCCGGAAUUGUCAAUUUUCUGAUUUAAUUACUACCUGAAGUUGUGGGGGUUUAUGCAUAAACCGCAUCACGCUCUCCGACUUGGAAAGAGAAACUUUCUUGAUCUAUAGGGUUUGGUAUAUCAUUCCUAUUAUGUAUUUGUCAUACGUACUAUACGAUGCAUAUCGGGGAUCAAAUAUCCCCGAAACUCGGCCAAAUUAAACCAAUCAUCUAAACUGAUGGAUAUUGGUCCAGGGUCCACAAGUGAUAGAAAAUGAAAGUAAACAGUAAAUUAUAUCUAGUAUAUUAAAUUUUUAAACGAAAAAUUAGCGAGCUUCUAUGUGUAUAGAUAUGAGAUGUUGAAAAAAAAUUGUCAUUAUUGUACUUAACUAGACAUUUAACCUCAAGUAUAUGCGAAGUGAAAAGAGUAUAGCCGAGAUGAAAAAUCGUGAGUGCUGUUUAAAUUAUAUAUUAUGACGAUUAUUCCUAAAAUAAAAAAACCAUUCCAAUUUUUAUUGUAUGUUGUGUGGUAAAUAGUGAAUUAGGUAAACAGCAAAACAAAACUUUAAUAUUAAAGCACUAGCGAAAAUCGAAGUAACGCUCAUUGUCAGACUCGUAUACUCGAAAAAAAAGUCGAUUAAAAGCCGAAAUAUUAUUACUUUUGUAUGGAAAUUUAAUAUAAUUUUACGCCAUGACAUUAUGUUAAUUAUUAUAGUUAGGAAUUUAGCACGGAAGAAUAGAUUCAAUAAAUGAUUGGAUGGUCUAGUAACGGAUGAUUCAAACGUGUGAUAACAAUUAUCUUCGGCCGGAUUUACAGUCCGGUCGGAAAAAUCAACCGAGGUUUUAUUGUUCAAAAAAUGAAAAUAUUCAGUUCGUGAUUUAACGAAGCAUAAAUUAUUUGUGCACAACGUAUCAAUAUAUUCACAGUGUUUUUAGUAUAGGUAUAAUUUGUGCUGCACGGUCUGUGGUCUGUAUCAGUUAUUCACUUCUGGUAACUCUAUCAGAGUCAUCAGAAUGAAUCAUCUCUGUCAGAGAUGAAAAAAAUUGUAACCAGGAUGUACCGAGUAUAAAAUCGACCCAUUCAUACUCUCACAAAUUUCCAUGAUACAAUGAUACAAACUCAAAGUUCUGGUAAUUUUUAUUAGAAACAGAAAAUUCAUCGUCGAACUGUGAAACGUGUGGCAUGGAUUAUCAUUACACUGUACCUUCAAUAUUUCUAAAUCUUUAAAUAUGUAAGUAUCUAUACAUAUUCCUGGGUUAAGAUGUAAUUGUCAUGUGUUGGCGAGUAAAUAUUUUACAAUCGGACAAACAACUACAAAAACAAGUUAAAGUCUACAUUCUGAUGACAGAAAAAUAUUUCGACAUUCCAGUACAUUGCGCAGAAGAUUCAAAUUCCUGAUCAAAUUCUGUCUUCAAUAUUAAGCAAAGUCAUGAAUUUAAUCAUUUGAAUUAAGCUAGUCAAUGGGAGAAAAUUUUAAGAUUAAAAAAAAUCUAAGCUUUUGUUUUUCUCUUUUUUUUUCAUUGUGUAUGUAUGUGUACAGUAUUACGAUAAUUGUCUCACGAUAUUUUAUGACUUUAAAAAAAUAUGCGAGUAUAAUUUGCGAGCUACUUACAUAAAACAAUUUUCUGGUGAACGGGUGCGCUGAUGUUACUCUCAUUCCCAAUUAGAAAGCCAAUCUUUAUUUGCCAUUCGCAAUUGGAUACUUUUGGAUUCUUAGUCUUCCAACGUUUUUCUAACCUUGUACAAUCAAUAUUAUUAAUUAUUACAGUAUGAACUGUUACUACCUGCAUCUGAAUAAAAAUGAUUCUGUUGACA